CUGACACUUCUCUGAACAGACACGAUGACUAACAGUUUCAAGUAUUAUAGUCUGUCAUAAGGUAUAGUAUUGCUUUAUACAGCAAUACUUGAGUUUUAGGAAGAUAGCUCUUAAGUUUAUUCUCUUUGAUACAGCUAUCAUGCCUCUAAGAUAAAUGAUGAUUUAUUAAUGAGGUCUAUUUAGUGAGACUGAGAAUACUGACAGCUCCACCCCUUCUAUUGUUUUCUUUUUAAAUCUUUUUCUUUUCUCUUGGUGUAGUGACAUUGUGGAACUACGGAUUCCCAAAUCAGAGUUUAUUUCCUAAGGAGAGUAAGAAAGCUUCUUUCAUUCUGAAGUAACAAUAGGCUUUGUCCCAGAUUUCUCACCACUCAAUAGGGUUUCCACUUUUUCCAUAGAAACAAUUACAAAGAGUCUUGGUGACAUAGAGAGAGGCUGGACUGUAAAGCACACAUCCCUCCUUAGUCAGAAGCCUUACUUGCAGACUGCAUGUGAAAAGGAUUAGAGCUUGUAAACAGAGAGCUUUGACACUUUUCUGGAGGAACUUGGCAACUUUUUAACAGUGUGAAAGAGAGAGAUUGAGAGAGAGAGAGACAGAGAGAGAGAGAGAGAGAGAGAGAGAGAGAGUGUAUGAAUGAAAGAAGAGAAAGAAAGACCUGAAAGGACCACUUCCAACAAGAUUAGUUGCUGAGUUGGUCAAGUGGUUAAGAAUGAUAUCUGUGUUCUGAAUUAUACUAGUUAGUUAUAGUUAACCAAUAUCUUAUGCUGUGUGCUGAACCUUGCUUUUCAUAACUGCUGGUGGAUAAGAGUCAUGAAUGCAGAAAGUCAGUAUGAAGACUCCGUUUCUAGCAUGAUGCUAGAAAAUAUUAAACACAGACUCUUAAAUGCAUUCAGAAUACCUGCAGCUCAUGUUCUGAAUAAUGGCAGUUCAAAUCCCUGCAACAUGAUGAUAGUAGCCAAAGACAGCCAAGCACAUGAGGAGCUGAGAAGGGCUAAGAUUGACGGAGCUAUCACGUGGCUGCGAACAGAACUGAUGGAGAUGCGCUCCCAAGAUCAACAGCUUGCUAAAACUUUAUUGGACCUUAACAGAGAAAUCCAAAAACUAAGGAGAGAAAAUGAUCUAACAAGGGCUUCUGAAUUUGGGCAGAUUAAUGUUACAAUCAGAAAAGACUCUCCUUUCCAAGCUGCAAGGCCAGAAGACGAAGUAAGCAUAGUGUAAAAGUGUAACACUAUGAACUCCCUGGAAUAUGGUUCUUAUUUUUGUUUUCACUUUGUUGCUUAAAACACGCUCAGCUAUUUUGUGGCAGUUAGCACAACAUUAUGGCUACGUGCAGUUAAUGGGCUGCUUCCUGCACUCCACACUUUGAUUCCUUCAGCUUCCCUUUGCCUGUUGUGUGACUUUGAGCAAGUCGCUUAACCAGACUGAGCCUGAAGACGGUGCAUGUGGAUCAGUACUCUAACUUGGGCAUGAAAUAAAUAGAUUCUUCAGGAA